GUAUUGGCGACCCCGCACACUGUGGUCGAGGCGAUCCGGUGCUUCCUGUGCAGACCCGCUCGAGAACGCAUCAGCAGGCAUAUAUCAGCGAAUCGGGGGCGGGGUACCUGAUCUCUCGACUUUAUACCAUCCAUCUGCACUUCUUCCCCGGAUACCUUCUCUUCUUCGUCCCCUCUACCGCCGAUCGCCUUCACGACACAUGGUCAUGGUUCAGACCGUCCCCUUCCGCACGCGCCUCAACUUCGCGAACGACAAGACCGCCCCGGGCGCAUUCGAGUUCCCCUUCGUAAAGCUCGUCGCCAAUGGGGAGAGCCUCUACCUCAGCCCGAACGAGGUGCCAAUGCACGACCUUCGGAAGGAGGCGAAGAAGCCGACGCUUGAGGAGAACGGCUUCACAUGGGUGAACCUUCCGUUCCCAGAGCUUGACGGUCCGGAGGGGUGGCAGGACCGAUACGCCAAGUUCACGUGCGACUACGUCAAGGGCAUCACUGGCGCGAAGGAGGUCAGAUGCAUCAACUAUCAGAUUCGGCGCCGUACGCCCGGCGAUGAGGACAACGUCGACGCGAACUACGACCAGGCGCAGGAGAAAGCGCUCGGCAUGCAGCCCGUGCCCGCGGUCCACGUCGACAUCAACAAGGAGCGCGCCCGCACGCGGCUGCUGGCUGCGUUCGAUGGAGAGCAUCAGGAUGCGGAGAGGGUGGCGAUCAUCAACGUUUGGCGUCCACUGAAUGGGCCGGUGAUGGACGCACCUCUGGCGCUAUGCGACGCGUCGACGCUCGACCCGAACGACAUGAUGUGGACAACGGACAAGUACGGCGGCGGCUACUUCAUUCGGCACAAUGAGAACAUGCGGUGGAUGUACGUGCACGACCAGAUGCCUGACGAGGCCCUCAUCUUCCGCCAGUUCGACAACACAAUCCCCUACGGCAAAGCCGGCUGCGUUCCCCACACUGCUUUCUUCGACGAAGAAAGGAAGAACAUGGGCAAGCCGCGGUCAAGUAUUGAGCUGCGUCUCGCUCUCGUGUACUAGCGUUCUUCUUUCGCUGCUGAAUCUGUUGGUGUACGAUAUGGAUUGUAUUGCAUAGGUGUAUAAUGAUGAUAUGUCUUGUGUAACGAU